GUUUAUUAGGGCUGAGACGUUAUAACUUUGAAGUCAAAUUUUGGUCAGAGACACACAGUAGACUAGUGUUUUCAGAGUUGAGAAUUUGCAGAGAGAGUGAUGCUUCAAAAAUGGAGGCGGUGAAUGUUCAACCAAUACAAGCGAGGAGGCCUUACGAGGGAGAAGAGUCGGAAGGGGACUAUGUCGCCAUGAAUAAUGGAGCCGGAGCCGGAGCCGGAGCGAAUCCUUCUCAAGUCACAAUGAGUCGCUGCAGCAAUUCCACUCGCACCAGUGAGCUCACCAUCGCCUUCGAGGGCGAGGUCUACGUUUUUCCCGCCGUUACUCCUGAUAAGGUUCAAGCAGUGCUGUUGCUACUGGGAGGACGUGAUAUGCCAGGCAGUGAUAUACCAAGCAGCGUUCCUAGCUCUGGGUUUUCGCUUCAACAGAAUAGCAGGGGUAUAGGGGACAUCUCACGAAAUUCAAAACUUUCACGAAGAUUUGCAUCUCUUGUUAGGUUCCGUGAAAAACGGAAAGAGAGGUGCUUUGACAAGAAAAUUCGGUACAGUUGUCGUAAAGACAUUGCGGAGAGAAUGCAUCGGAAGAAUGGACAGUUUGCAUCUUUGAAGGAUCCUUCCAAAUUGGUUGCGGGGAAUUGUGAUUCAAGUGAUAGCACUUCUUGUCCAGAAUCUGUCUUACGUAGAUGUCAGCACUGUGGGAUUAGUGAAAAGUCUACCCCAGCAAUGCGGCGGGGACCAAAUGGCCCAAGAUCUCUCUGUAAUGCUUGUGGUCUUAGGUGGGCAAAUAAGGGAACUUUGAGAGAUCUUACAAAAUCAGGGAGGGAUGUUUCUUUCGACCAAAAUGAGCUGGAAAGCCCAGAGGAGAAUAAGCCUAUUGCAUUGGAUGCUGAAGUCCCUCCUCUGAGACUGGGCGACCAGGACAUGCUUGAAACUGCUGAAGCUGCUACUAAUCACGUAUCCAUCCAAAUGGAGAAUUCAUCAGUCAACCUUGAUGAGCAGGAGAAUCUGGAAGAAUUAGCCAAUGCUUCAGGGACAGAAUUUGAGAUUCCUGCAAACUUCGAAGAGCAGGUGGUUGAUUUUUACGAUUGCAACAUGGAGACUCACUGGGGAGGAACUUGAGAAGAUGUUGGGUGUCUCUUGCUACAAACCUUUGAAGUGCUCAUGCUUUUCUUGUUGGCUAGAAUGAAGGUGCUGUGCUGGCGGCCCCCCUACUAACAUUUGAUGUUCAUGCCUUUGUUUAUGUUUAUAGACAAAUCUUUACAGAAAUCUCAUAUUACUGUUAGUAGCUAGAAUAUUUUGGAGGUCAGUUAUAUUUUGGAGGUCAGUUAUAUAGUGUGAAUAAGUUUCUGAUAAAGUUUUAGGUCUAUGUUCUCCUCUUUCUACAUAAAUUAUGAGGGAAAAUGUGAUUGUCAAGGUAUAUCAGUGUAAUAUUAUGGUUGGGACUAUCCAUUUUCUAAAUCAUCGAUUCAAUUA